GGAGUUUAGCGGGAGACCGAGAGAGGAGGUGGUGGGAUGGGACGGAGUGGCUGCGGACAGGCCGGCCAAUUGCCGGACGGGCUCCCGCCCUGGGCGGAGGAAUCCCGUGCUGUGAGGCGGCGGCAUAUGGGCCCAUGUGCUUCUUUGUUUACUAAGAGCGGAAGCAGUGGCGGGAGAGGGGGUGGGGUGGAGGACCGGCCUGGUGGAGAGAUUUAAGGGCCCGAAAGGGAGAAUCGUGCGCAUGGAAGAAAAGCGGGGAACCUGAAGAUACGAGUGUGUGGGAAGCUUUUGGGAAAGGGUAGAGACAGACUUGUUGAAAGGAGUUCUGUCCGACACCGGGAGAAUUAAGUAGGCUUACUUAGAAAAGGUCAAGAAGUUCCUUCAAGAGUUUUACCAGGAUGAUGAAUUUGGCAAGAAGCAGUUCAAGUAUGGGAACCAGUUGGUUCGACUGGCUCAUCGGGAACAAGUGGCAAUGUACAUAGACCUAGAUGAUGUAGCAGAGGACGACCCUGAGUUGGUGGACUCCAUUUGUGAGAAUGCCAGGCGCUACGCAAGGCUCUUUGCUGAUGCUAUACAAGAGCUGCUCCCUCAGUACAAGGAGAGAGAGGUGGUAAAUAAAGAUGUCCUGGAUGUGUACAUUGAGCACAGGCUGAUGAUGGAGCAGCGGAGCCGGGACCCUGGGGCAGCCCGAAGCCCGCAGAACCAGUACCCUCCCGAGCUCAUGCGCAGAUUUGAGCUCUACUUUCAAGGCCCAAGCAGUAACAAGCCUCGUGUGAUAAGGGAAGUACGGGCUGACUCUGUGGGGAAGUUGGUAACUGUGCGUGGAAUCGUCACUCGGGUCUCUGAAGUCAAACCCAGAAUGGUGGUGGCCACUUAUACUUGUGACCAGUGUGGGGCAGAGACCUACCAGCCGAUCCAGUCCCCUACUUUCAUGCCCCUGAUCAUGUGCCCCAGCCAGGAGUGCCAGACCAACCGCUCAGGAGGACGGCUAUAUCUGCAGACACGUGGCUCCAAAUUCAUCAAAUUCCAGGAAAUGAAGAUGCAGGAACAUAGUGACCAAGUGCCUGUGGGGAACAUCCCCCGGAGCAUCACGGUGCUGGUAGAAGGAGAGAACACGAGGAUUGCCCAGCCCGGGGACCACGUCAGUGUCACUGGCAUCUUCUUGCCGAUCCUGCGCUCUGGGUUCCGACAGGUAGUACAGGGUCUCCUCUCGGAAACUUACUUGGAAGCCCAUCGGGUUGUGAAGAUGAGCAAGAGCGAGGACGAUGAGUCUGCGGCUGGGGAGCUGAGCAGGGAGGAGCUGAGGCGAAUUGCAGAGGAGGAUUUCUACGAGAAGCUGGCCGCCUCCAUCGCCCCGGAAAUCUAUGGGCACGAAGAUGUGAAGAAGGCCCUGCUGCUCCUGCUGGUGGGAGGGGUCGAUCAGUCUCCUCGUGGCAUGAAGAUCAGGGGCAACAUCAACAUCUGCCUGAUGGGGGAUCCGGGCGUAGCCAAGUCUCAGCUCCUGUCUUACAUCGACCGCCUUGCACCCCGCAGCCAGUACACGACGGGCCGGGGCUCCUCGGGAGUGGGGCUCACGGCGGCUGUGCUGAGAGACUCUGUGACUGGAGAGCUGACCUUGGAGGGCGGCGCCCUCGUGCUGGCCGACCAGGGGGUGUGCUGCAUCGACGAGUUUGACAAAAUGGCUGAGGCCGACCGCACGGCCAUCCACGAAGUUAUGGAGCAGCAGACCAUCUCCAUUGCCAAGGCCGGCAUUCUGACCACACUUAAUGCCCGUUGUUCCAUCCUGGCUGCCGCCAACCCUGCCUAUGGGCGCUACAACCCUCGGCGCACCCUGGAGCAGAACAUACAGCUUCCUGCUGCGCUGCUCUCCCGAUUCGACCUUCUCUGGCUGAUCCAGGACCGGCCUGACCGAGACAAUGACCUACGGUUGGCCCAGCACAUCACGUAUGUGCACCAGCACAGCCGCCAGCCACCAGCCCAGUUUGAACCUCUGGACAUGAAGCUGAUGAGGCGCUACAUAGCCAUGUGCCGGGACAAGCAGCCCACCGUCCCAGAGUCUCUGGCUGACUACAUCACAGCCGCGUACGUAGAGAUGAGGCGGGAAGCUUGGGCCAGUAAGGACGCCACCUACACUUCUGCCCGGACGCUGCUGGCAAUCCUGCGGCUGUCAACUGCUCUGGCUCGGCUGCGGAUGGUAGACGUGGUAGAGAAGGAAGAUGUGAAUGAAGCCAUACGGCUAAUGGAGAUGUCCAAGGACUCACUUCUGGGCGACAAGGGGCAAACAGCAAGGACCCAGAGACCGGCAGAUGUGAUAUUUGCCACUGUCCGGGAGCUGGUCUCAGAGGGCCGAAGUGUCCGGUUUUCAGAAGCAGAACAGCGCUGCAUCUCCCGUGGCUUCACACCUGCCCAGUUCCAGGCCGCUCUAGACGAGUACGAGGAGUUGAACGUCUGGCAGGUUAAUACUGCCCGGACACGGAUCACUUUUGUUUGAUUCUGACCAGCUUGAGACCCUGCGGUCCAUUCUUCGUCCCGUGUGCUCGCUGACCCACCCCUUCCUGGAAAGGUCUCAUGAUGCCUUUGCAGGGAAAGGAGACACUUGCUCUUUUCUCCUGAGCUGCACUUGUUUUAUUUCUUUUGCUAAUAAAGUGUGUAUAGGUUGCUAUAUUCUGUUCAAGGUA